AUGUCCUCAAAUACUGUGCUUCAAAAAGUACUGCUGAUAUUGACAUCACUUUUAGCUAUUACCUGGAUAAUUUUUAUACUUUCUCAAAACUCCUCAAAGCUUUGGUCUGCUCUAAACAUAUCCAUCUCCUUCCAUCACAUGAACACUUCCACAAAAUCUUCCUGCCCUGAAACACCAAGGACACCAGUCAAUUCACCAACAGAGUCUCAGCUGAGAGUCAGGGAGAUCCUGGAGAAACUAGACCAACUAAUCCCACCCAGACCCUUUAUCCAUGUGAACACCACCACAAGCGCCAAACACAGCACAGCCACCAUCCUCAACCCACAAGAUACAUACUGCAGAGGGGAUCAGCUAGACAUCCUGCUGGAAGCAAGGGACCACCUGGGACACAGGAAGGAAUAUGGCGGGGACUUCCUGAGGGCCAGGACGUCCUCCCCAGCCCUGAACGCAGGUGCUUCAGGAAAGGUGACAGACUUCAACAAUGGCACCUACCUUGUCAGCUUCACACUGUUCUGGGAGGGCCAGGUCUCACUUUCUGUCCUACUCAUCCACCCCAGUGAAGGGGUAUCUGCUCUCUGGAGGGCAAGGAACCAAGGCUAUGACAAGGUGAUCUUCACAGGCCAGUUUUCCAGUGGUGCCUCCCAGGUCUACAGUGAGUGUGGCCUGGCUUUAAAUUCAACUGCUGAGCUGUGCCAGUAUCUUGAUGGCCAAGAUCAAGAAGCUUUCUACUGCGUGAGACCUCCACAUGUUCCCUGUGCUGCACUCACCCACAUGCAGUCCAAGAACAAGAAAGUUUCUUAUCUUACCAAACAGGAAAGGAGCCUCUUUGAAAGGUCUAAUGUGGGUGUGGAGAUUAUGGCAAAAUUCAAAAUGAUUAGUGUUUCCAAAUGCAGCGAAACAGUUCCAAUGAAGGAGAAAUGCAAGCCUGGAAUCCCAUCCACAAUCCCCAGUGGCCAUGUCUGGAAAAACACAUGGAAUCCCAUCUCCUGCAGUUUGGCUCCAGUGGAAAUGAAAGACUGCCUCGCAGGAAAACUCAUAUAUCUGCUGGGAGAUUCCACAAUCCGUCAGUGGAUGGAAUACUUCAAAGCCAAUAUCAAAACACUGAAAUCAGUGGAUCUGCAUGAAUCUGGAAAAUUGCAACACCUCUUUGCUGUGGACUUGGAUAAGAAUAUCAACAUCCAGUGGCAAAAACAUGGCUACCCCUUGAUUACAGCAAUACACUAUUCUGUCAAAGAGAUGGAGAACAUGGCCAGGGUAAUUGACAGAACUGGAGGGGAGAAGAAUACUGUCAUUGUUAUUUCUCUGGGCCAGCAUUUCAAACCCUUUCCCAUUGAUGUUUUUAUCCGAAGGGCCCUCAGUGUCUACAAAGCUGUUCAGCGUCUUCUUCUGAGAAGCCCAGACACUAUGGUUAUCAUCAAGACAGAAAACAUCAGGGAGAUGCACAAUGAUGCAGAAAGAUUCAGUGACUUUCAUGGUUACAUUCAGUAUCUCAUCAUCAAGGACAUUUUCCAGGAUCUCCACGUGGGUGUCAUUGAUGCCUGGGAUAUAACAAUUGCAUAUGGCACAAAUGAUGUACACCCACCUCAACAUGUAGUUGGAAAUCAAAUUAAUGUAUUCUUAAACUAUAUUUGCUAG